GUGAUGAGAUGGGUGGAGGUGAGUUUAUGAGCUCGGAAGGGAGAAUCUUCUGUCUUUAUGGGAUGACUGACUUCAUUUUCUAAGUUGCUGCUCUGAAGCAACAGACACAGAUGCCUGGUCCCCAAGUCCAACCUCAAGGUCAAACUUCAUGCACUGAACAGUAUUGCUUAGUUCCCUUCUCCCCUAACUUGGAGAUGCCACUCACAUUAACCCUGGGAGUGCCCAGCUGCGUGGAUGAGCUUCCUUUCAAGACCUAAGCCCUGAGUCAGGUGUCUGUCCCCACAGUGCUUUGCUUUUUACUCUGCUUGUCAUUUCUGUCCCAUCCACCUCUCCCUCACCUUCCCUCCCAAUGUGCCUUCCCUUAUUUCGACUGUCACUUCCCACACCUGUUCCCUGGAGCAGUUCUCUCAGCUGCCACCCUCCCAUUCUCCCAGGGUUUGCUCUCCCGCCCACCCCACCUCAACCCCUGCCCUCCCUAUAGCCAGCACUCUCCCCUUGGCUGUGCUGGGCACAAACAAACCUGUCUGACGGGCCUCCCUGCAUUGAGGGUGGGGGGUGGUCAUGGCAACAAGAGUACAGAUGCCACCUGACACCACCAGCCAGUGGCUGUUUUGGGAUUGAGUCACCCACACACCCUAAGGCCACCCACCCAAUCUGCCUUCCACCCUCUUCAUAGCUCCUGUCCUGCCUGUGGCCCAGCCAGUUCCAAUAUGAGAGAUUACUUCCACUUAAGGGGUGAUCUUCUGGUGGGGUGGCUCCCAGCAGAAGAGAUUCGGAGGUCUUGAUGAUUUUUAUAAGUGCAGGUUCUCAAGAAGGAUGAACUUGAGAGCCUUUAGGCAUAUGGUCCAGAACUGAGGUUUCUCAGAAGCUUUCCCAAGAAAUUCUACGCUGCCCUCCCAGCGCCAGAUAAUGGCUACAGCUUGUGGGGUUCAUGGGUCACUCUCUCCUGGCGUCUUCUGAUUGGGACUGAAAACUGACUGAUGAAACACUCAUACAGGUCCUUUAGUAGUUCAGGGAAGACAAGAAAUGUGGGGUAUGGAGAAGUGAGCCUGGUUCCCUGGUUUUAGAUGUGUGUAUCCUCUGGUACUAUCAUUGAUGCCAUUGUGCACAUGCUACCCGAAACUCUCAUGAUAUCUGCAAUGAUAUGUACCUUCCAGAACUGUCACUGUGUCUGUACAGGUCACGCCAACCAAUGUGGUUAUUAUAUCUAUGUGCACAUGCUACAUGCCACCUAGUAAAGUUUCCAAGUCUAGCUCAUAUGACAGCUGCCAUUCAGAGCUCUCACCAUGUCUGUAAGCAUGCCACAUGCCAACCAGUACUGCUACCAUGCCUGAGCAUUUAACACAUACUUCCCAAUAUGGUCAAACUGUGCACACAAGACCGGCGCCAAUCAGAACUGUCACCAUAUGCACACACACACACCACUCGGUGCUCAUGUGGAGUGUUUAUCCCCCACUCAAGGCUGGGCUCCUCUCAAGAGGCAUCUCUGAAUGGGCUCUGCUCUGCACAGUGCCACUCACUCAGUAGGUGCCAAAUAAAUCCUAAAUGACUAGGCGGAACAAGUGUAGGCUGCCAUUGACAAAAGCAGAGGCCCAGGAAGAGGUAGGAAGGGCAUCUGAUAGAUGUGCCCAGUAUUCGGUGUAUGAGGGCUGGGAUGUUGACUGAGGAGGCUGGUGGGCAAAGGAAAAGGGCUGAUAGUGGAGGACAGUCACAAUACUUACUCCCCAGAGGCCAUAGAAGUCAACACCAGCAUACCUGGCUCCACUUCCAGGAUCUCCUUGUUCCUGUGUUUCUCUGCUCUCAGGGCUGAGAUCAAAGUUCAGGCGUCCUGAAGCAAGCCCACCCAGCAACGCCCAGAGAGGUCUACCCAUUGCAGACCUUCUGAAAGCUGGGGUUUGCUUUGGGGCCCCCUCUAGCAGGUUUUCCCUAGUCUUGGGCAACUAGUGACCUGACAAGCAGGUCUCUGGGCGCUGGCAACUCCCUCCUCCGCCCCUGCAGGGCCUGGCCAAGCCCCAACUGGCUCCGCCUCCAGAACAGCCUGCCCCUCCCCCGCCACUGUCCGACCUGUUUGUCUGGAGCUGCUCUGUCUCCUCUCCCCACAACCAGGUGUGCCCUACUGUCUCAGAAGCUCAGGCAUCCCAUAACUUUCCCCCACUCCUUGAAACUCCCAGCAUCCUUGAAACAACUCACCCCACCAGGUACGGAAGCCUUUUUCUGGACCCCACCAGCACAGGCUCAGGGGACACACUCUUGGCCCUGCCCUGGCAGGGGAGCAUGGACUCUGGGCCACAGGCUGAGUAGGAGGCAGCAGGCACCAUGAGUGCGAACGGAGUGGGCAGGGUACAUGGAAACGGCCUGAACGGGGCUGGCGAAUUUUACUAUGAGGCUGUGGAGGGGUCCCAGAACCCUGGGGGCGUCCUGCUCUCGCCAGCUGCCUUCAUCAAUCCUGCUCUGUAUGCCAGUGUGCUGGAAGGACGCUUCAAACAGCUUCAAGAUGAACGCGAAGCCGUGCAGAAGAAAACCUUCACCAAGUGGGUGAACUCCCACCUGGCCCGGGUGACAUGCCGGGUGGGAGACCUGUACAGCGACCUGCGGGACGGGCGCAACCUCCUGAGGCUCCUGGAGGUGCUCUCGGGAGAGACCCUGCCAAAGCCCACUAAGGGCCGAAUGCGGAUCCACUGCCUGGAGAAUGUGGAUAAAGCACUGCAGUUCCUGAAGGAGCAGAAAGUACACUUGGAAAACAUGGGCUCCCAUGACAUUGUGGAUGGAAACCACCGUCUGACUCUUGGGCUGGUCUGGACCAUCAUCCUUCGAUUCCAGAUCCAAGACAUCAGUGUGGAGACAGAAGACAACAAGGAGAAGAAGUCAGCUAAGGACGCUCUGCUGCUGUGGUGCCAGAUGAAGACCGCAGGGUAUCCCAAUGUCAAUGUGCACAACUUUACCACCAGUUGGAGAGAUGGGCUGGCAUUUAAUGCCAUCGUGCAUAAACACCGGCCAGACCUGCUGGAUUUUGAAUCCCUGAAGAAAUGUAAUGCACACUACAACCUGCAGAAUGCUUUCAAUCUGGCAGAAAAGGAACUCGGUCUGACCAAGCUCCUGGAUCCUGAAGAUGUGAAUGUGGAUCAGCCCGAUGAGAAAUCAAUCAUCACCUACGUGGCCACUUACUACCACUACUUCUCUAAGAUGAAGGCCCUGGCUGUGGAAGGCAAAAGAAUUGGCAAGGUCCUGGACCAUGCCAUGGAGGCAGAACACCUGGUGGAGAAAUAUGAGUCCCUGGCCUCUGAACUGCUGCAGUGGAUUGAACAAACUAUUGUGACCCUCAAUGACCGGCAGCUGGCCAACUCCCUGAGUGGAGUCCAGAACCAGCUGCAGUCUUUCAACUCCUAUCGCACUGUGGAGAAGCCACCUAAAUUCACAGAGAAAGGGAACCUGGAGGUGCUGCUCUUCACCGUCCAGAGCAAGCUGCGGGCCAACAAUCAGAAGGUCUACACACCACGUGAAGGCCGGCUCAUCUCUGACAUCAACAAGGCCUGGGAGCGGCUAGAGAAAGCUGAACACGAGCGAGAGCUGGCCCUGCGCACAGAGCUGAUCCGCCAGGAGAAGCUGGAGCAACUGGCUGCUCGCUUCGACCGCAAGGCUGCCAUGCGGGAAACCUGGCUCAGUGAGAACCAGCGCCUCGUGUCCCAGGACAACUUUGGGCUGGAGCUGGCGGCAGUGGAGGCUGCGGUGCGGAAACAUGAAGCCAUUGAGACAGACAUCGUGGCCUACAGUGGCCGGGUGCAGGCAGUGGACGCUGUGGCUGCAGAGCUGGCUGCUGAGCACUACCAUGACAUUAAGCGCAUCGCAGCACGGCAGCAAAAUGUGGCCAGGCUCUGGGACUUCUUACGGCAGAUGGUGGCUGCCCGCCGUGAGCGACUCCUUCUAAACCUGGAGCUGCAGAAAGUGUUUCAGGACCUGCUCUACCUCAUGGACUGGAUGGCAGAGAUGAAGGGCCGGCUGCAGUCUCAGGACCUGGGCAAGCACCUGGCUGGAGUGGAAGACUUACUGCAGCUGCACGAGCUGGUGGAAGCAGACAUCGCAGUGCAGGCUGAGAGGGUGCGAGCAGUCAGCGCCUCUGCCCUGCGCUUCUGUGAUCCAGGGAAAGAGUAUAGACCAUGUGACCCACAGCUGGUGUCAGAGAGGGUGGCCACUCUGGAGCAGAGCUAUGAGGCCCUGUGUGAGUUGGCAGCAACUCGAAGGGCCCGUCUGGAAGAGUCACGUCGUCUCUGGAGGUUCCUCUGGGAAGUGGGUGAGGCUGAGGCCUGGGUGCGGGAGCAGCAGCACCUUCUGGCCUCAGCUGAGACAGGCCGGGACCUGACCGGUGUCCUCCGUCUGCUCAACAAGCACACAGCCCUACGGGGUGAGAUGAGUGGCCGUCUGGGGCCCCUGAAGCUCACCCUGGAACAAGGCCAGCAGUUGGUGGCUGAGGGCCACCCCGGAGCCAACCAAGCCUCAACCCGAGCAGCGGAGCUCCAAGCCCAAUGGGAGCGGCUGGAGGCCCUGGCCGAGGAGCGAGCCCAGCGUCUAGCACAGGCUGCCAGCCUCUACCAGUUCCAAGCAGAUGCAAAUGAUAUGGAGGCCUGGUUGGUGGAUGCACUACGCCUGGUGUCCAGCCCUGAGGUAGGGCAUGAUGAGUUCUCCACACAGGCCCUCGCCAGGCAGCAUCGGGCCCUCGAGGAGGAGAUCCGAGCCCACCGGCCCACACUGGAUGCCUUGAGGGAGCAGGCUACAGCCCUGCCACCUGCACUGAGCCAUACACCUGAAGUUCAGGGCAGAGUGCCCACUCUGGAGCAGCAUUAUGAGGAGCUGCAGGCCCGGGCGGGUGAGCGUGCACGAGCCCUGGAGGCAGCCCUGGCACUCUAUACCAUGCUCAGCGAGGCUGGGGCCUGUGGGCUCUGGGUAGAGGAGAAGGAGCAGUGGCUCAACGGGCUGGCCCUACCUGAGCGCCUGGAGGAUCUGGAGGUGGUACAGCAGAGGUUUGAGACCUUGGAGCCUGAAAUGAAUGCCCUGGCUGCACGGGUUACUGCUGUAAAUGACAUUGCUGAGCAGUUGCUGAAGGCCAAUCCACCAGGCAAGGACCGCAUCAUCGGCACCCAGCAGCAGCUCAACCACAGGUGGCAACAGUUUCGGUCCCUGGCAGAUGGCAAGAAGGCAGCUCUGACAUCAGCCCUGAGCAUCCAGAAUUACCACCUAGAGUGCACAGAGACCCAGGCAUGGAUGAGAGAGAAGACCAAGGUCAUCGAGUCCACCCAGGGCCUGGGUAAUGAUCUGGCUGGUGUGCUGGCCCUGCAGCGGAAACUGGCAGGCACUGAGAGAGAUCUGGAAGCCAUCUCUGCCCGGGUGGGUGAGCUGACCCAAGAGGCAAAUGCCUUGGCUGCUGGCCACCCCGCCCAAGCCCCUGCCAUCAACACCCGGCUUGGAGAGGUGCAAGCUGGCUGGGAGGAUCUUCGGGCCACCAUGCGGCGCCGAGAAGAGUCCCUGGGUGAGGCGCGAAGGCUACAGGACUUCCUGCGCAGCUUGGAUGACUUCCAGGCCUGGCUAGGCCGCACACAGACUGCUGUAGCCUCUGAAGAAGGGCCAGCCACCCUGCCUGAGGCAGAAGCCCUCUUAGCCCAGCAUGCAGCCCUGCGGGGAGAGGUGGAGCGAGCCCAGAGCGAAUACAGCCGCCUCAGGACCUUGGGCGAGGAGGUGACCAAAGACCAGGCUGAUCCCCAAUGCCUCUUCCUCAGACAGAGGCUGGAAGCUCUUGGAACCGGCUGGGAAGAAUUGGGCCGCAUGUGGGAGAGUCGGCAAGGCCGCUUGGCUCAGGCCCAUGGCUUCCAGGGAUUUUUGAGAGAUGCUCGCCAGGCUGAGGGCGUGCUUAGCAGCCAGGAAUAUGUUUUGUCUCACACGGAGAUGCCAGGGACACUCCAGGCUGCAGAUGUGGCCAUUAAAAAGCUGGAAGACUUCAUGAGCACCAUGGAUGCCAAUGGAGAGCGCAUCCGUGGACUCCUGGAGGCUGGGCGCCAGCUGGUGUCCAAAGGCAACAUCCAUGCUGAGAAGAUCCAAGAGAAGGCAGACUCCAUCGAGAAGAGGCACAGAAAGAAUCAGGAGGCAGUACAGCAGCUUUUGGGACGCCUUCGGGACAACCGAGAGCAGCAGCACUUCUUACAAGACUGUCAGGAGCUGAAACUCUGGAUUGAUGAGAAGAUGCUGACAGCUCAGGAUGUUUCCUAUGAUGAGGCCCGCAACCUGCACACCAAGUGGCAAAAGCACCAGGCAUUCAUGGCUGAGCUGGCAGCCAACAAGGACUGGCUGGACAAAGUGGACAAGGAAGGGCGGGAGUUGACUCUUGAAAAGCCAGAACUCAAAGUCCUAGUGUCAGAGAAGCUGGAAGACCUGCACAGGCGCUGGGAUGAACUGGAGACCACCACCCAAGCCAAGGCCCGCAGCCUUUUUGAUGCCAAUCGGGCAGAGCUAUUUGCCCAAAGCUGUUCUGCUCUGGAGAGCUGGCUGGAGAGCCUGCAGGCCCAGCUGCACUCAGAUGACUAUGGCAAGGACCUCACCAGUGUCAACAUCCUACUAAAGAAGCAACAGAUGCUGGAACGAGAGAUGGCUGUGAGAGAAAAGGAGGUGGAGGCCAUCCAGGCCCAGGCAAAGGCCCUGGCCCAGGAAGAUCAGAGUGCAGGGGAGGUAGAAAGGACCUCGAGGGCUGUGGAGGAGAAGUUCAGGGCCCUGUGCCAACCCAUGAAGGAACGCUGCCGGUGCCUGCAAGCCUCCCGAGAGCAGCAUCAAUUCCACCGGGAUGUGGAGGAUGAGAUCUUGUGGGUAACUGAGCGGCUACCCAUGGCCAGCUCUAUGGAACAUGGCAAGGACCUGCCCAGCGUUCAGCUUCUCAUGAAGAAAAACCAGACCCUGCAGAAGGAGAUCCAGGGUCAUGAGCCCCGGAUUGCAGACCUCAAAGAGAGGCAGCAUGCUCUGGGAGCAGCAGCAGCAGGUCCAGAGCUGGCUGAGCUCCAGGAAAUGUGGAAACGCCUGAGCCAUGAGCUAGAGCUUCGGGGUAAGCGACUGGAAGACGCCCUUCGAGCCCAGCAAUUCUAUCGUGAUGCUGCAGAGGCUGAGGCUUGGAUGGGUGAGCAGGAGUUACACAUGAUGGGCCAGGAGAAAGCCAAGGAUGAGCUGAGUGCCCAGGCAGAAGUGAAGAAGCAUCAGGUAUUGGAACAAGCCCUUGCCGACUAUUCCCAGACCAUCAAACAGCUAGCAGCCAGCAGCCAAGAUAUGAUUGACCAUGACCACCCAGAGAGCACAAGGCUAACAAUCCGCCAAGCCCAGGUAGACAAGUUGUACGCCAGCCUGAAGGAGCUAGCAGGAGAGCGGCGUGAGCGCCUGCAGGAGCACCUCCGGCUGUGCCAGCUCCGCAGAGAGCUGGAUGACCUGGAACAGUGGAUACAGGAGCGUGAAGUUGUGGCAGCCUCCCAUGAGCUGGGCCAGGACUAUGAGCAUGUGACUAUGCUCCGGGACAAAUUCCGAGAGUUCUCCCGGGACACCAGCACCAUUGGCCAGGAACGUGUAGACAGUGCCAAUACACUGGCCAAUGGGCUCAUUUCUGGGGGCCAUGCUGCACGGGCCACUGUGGCUGAGUGGAAAGACAGUCUCAACGAGGCCUGGGCUGACCUGCUGGAGCUGCUAGACACAAGAGGUCAGGUGCUGGCUGCUGCUUACGAGCUGCAGCGUUUCCUGCAUGGGGCCCGUCAAGCCCUGGCACGGGUACAGCACAAGCAGCAGCAGCUUCCAGAUGGGACUGGCCGUGACCUCAAUGCCGCUGAGGCCCUGCAGCGCCGGCACUGUGCCUAUGAGCAUGACAUCCAAGCCCUCAGUACCCAGGUCCAGCAGGUUCAGGACGAUGGUCACAGGCUACAGAAGGCCUAUGCUGGAGACAAGGCUGAGGAGAUUGGCCGUCACAUGCAGGCAGUUGCUGAGGCCUGGGCCCAGCUCCAGGGAAGUUCUGCUGCCCGUCGUCAAUUGUUACUGGACACCACAGAUAAGUUCCGAUUCUUCAAGGCUGUCCGGGAGUUGAUGCUUUGGAUGGAUGGGAUUAACUUGCAGAUGGAUGCCCAGGAGCGGCCUCGGGAUGUGUCCUCUGCAGAUUUAGUCAUCAAGAACCAACAAGGCAUCAAAGCAGAGAUAGAGGCCAGAGCAGACCGGUUCUCCUCCUGCAUUGACAUGGGGCAGGAGCUGCUGGCCCGGAGCCACUAUGCUGCUGAGGAGAUCUCAGAGAAGCUGUCUCAGCUACAGUCCCGACGCCAGGAGACAGCUGACAAGUGGCAGGAGAAGAUGGACUGGCUGCAGCUUGUUUUGGAGGUGCUUGUGUUUGGGAGAGAUGCAGGGAUGGCAGAGGCCUGGCUGUGUAGCCAGGAGCCAAUAGUCCGAAGUGCAGAGCUGGGUUGCACCGUGGAUGAAGUAGAGAGUCUCAUCAAGCGGCAUGAAGCCUUCCAGAAGUCAGCAGUGGCCUGGGAGGAGCGUUUCAGUGCGCUGGAGAAGCUCACUGCGCUGGAAGAGCGGGAGAAGGAGCGGAAGAGAAAGAAAGAGGAGGAGGAACGGAGGAAACAGCCCUCUACUCCAGAGCCCAUGGCUGGUCGUCCAGAAGGGAGUCUGGUAGAUGGCCAGACAGCUCCUGACACGGUCUGGGAUGGAACCCAGUCACAAUUGCCACCAUCCACACAAGCACCCAGUGUUAAUGGGGUCUGCACAGACACAGAGUCCUCCCAGCCCCUGUUCGAACAGCAAAGACUUGAACAGAGCAGUGUCCCAGAAGGGCCUGGAUCUGGCACAGGGGAUGAGUCCAAUGGGCCCCGGGGAGAGAGGCAGACCCGGCCACGGGGCCCUGUUCCUUCUCCAAUGCCCCAGAGCAGAUCAUCUGAAUCAGCCCACGGAUCCACCUUGCCUACACGAGGCCCUGAGCUCUCUGCUCAGGAACAGAUGGAAGGGAUGUUGUGCCGCAAACAGGAGAUGGAAGCCUUCAACAAAAAAGCCGCCAACAGGUCCUGGCAGAACGUGUACUGUGUUCUUCGGCGUGGGAGCCUCGGCUUUUACAAGGACGCCAGGGCAGCUAGUGCAGGAGUGCCGUACCAUGGAGAAGUGCCUGUCAGUCUGGCCAGAGCCCAGGGCAGUGUGGCCUUCGACUAUCGGAAACGCAAACAUGUCUUCAAGCUGGGGUUACAGGAUGGCAAAGAGUAUUUAUUCCAGGCCAAGGAUGAGGCAGAGAUGAGUUCAUGGCUGAGAGUGGUAAAUGCAGCCAUUGCCACUGCAUCCUCUGCCUCUGGAGAGCCAGAAGAGCCAGUGGUGCCCAGUGCCAGCCGAGGUCUGACCCGGGCCAUGACCAUGCCCCCAGUGUCACAACCUGAGGGCUCCAUCAUGCUUCGCAGCAAGGAUGGCAGAGAAAGAGAGCGAGAAAAACGAUUCAGCUUCUUUAAGAAGAACAAGUAGUUGGGGGCAAGACUCCUAGGCCAGCUCCCUCCCUCCGUUAAGGAAACUGCCAGGGACUAUCGACAGAGACCGCCCUCUUGUCAGGACAACUGCCUGCUGCUAGGGUCUGCUGCUAAGGUCAGCCCAUCACCAGGAACUUUCACUGAGGACAAACAAGUGUUCCCACAAACAACCUUCUCUUCUGCUAUUUAAUUCAACUGGUGGUGGGACCCAGGCAACCCCUAAUAUCACUCUUACCCACCUUGUCACCUCUUCCCAAGCCUUAUGCCUCCACCCCCACCAUGGUGCAGAUAGUGUCACCCUCAAAGUGGGCUAUGUGGGAACCACUGUCCCUGCCUCAGGGACAUUGUGCCACCACAGCUAGGGUGUACCAUCCACCAUCCAGUUCUUUGCCUCUGGGAUCAGCCAGGACCCUCUCAGAGCUGAAGCAGGACCCAAGGGCAGGAACACCAGAUGGAGUCGGAGGCACUGAAGCCUUCCCUGCCCAUCCUGCCUCACCCUCUGACUCAAGUUGCUGCUCCUCCAGGCACUCAAGGUGGCUCUCAAGUGUGAGUUGUUCAGGAGUAGCCACAUCCUUGAGUCUAUCCAAGGAGGUGAUUAAACAGCUCAGCUUCUCUCACUGCCUCUUGGUGUUGUUACUUUCUGACUGUAGCCUCUCUGGUUCUGGUCUCCGGUGUGUCAGAUAGCCACUCUGCCCCACCUUCUGAGCCUCAGACUCCCGUGAUCCUGAGAGUCUCCCUAUCUCAGUCUCCCCAUGACAGUGAUCUGUUUCACCGGGUUGACCUAUGCUAAGCCUGUUUAGACCAAAGACAUCCACUGAAGUUUGGGUUGAUGUUAAUUAACAGUAUUCAUGUUAAAAGGCAGCAAGUCACUCUCCCUGGUGCACAUUUUUGUUUUUCCUUUAAAAAAAAGUUGUUUAAUUUCUUGCAUUGCUAGGGAUGGAACCCUGGACCUCAUGCAUGCCAGGCAAACACUCUACCACUGAACUACACUCCUAGUCCCUACACUGUUACUCACUCGCAAGUCUCUCAAUUGUUUUCAGUAAGGGGUAGUGAAGAAUGUUACCACAACCUAGUGUCAGCUUCUGCUCUGCUCAGCCAGCAGUGAAAAGGUGAGCACCCUACUUUCUGUCCUUCCCAUAGAUUCAAGGGUGCUCACGCAGAAUCAGAAGAAUGCCAGGUUCCCACUUCCUGAACUCUAGAAGAAUGUCACCCUAGGAAUCCAUAAGGUACAUCCUGAGCAUGUAAAUAAACACACAAUAUAUUCUAGAGAUUGAGAGAAGUAUUUUUCUUAAAGUUUAAAAAGGAGAUAUUAAAGUUGGAAGUUUUGGGUCUGUUUGUCUUCAGCAUAACUGGCCAAGGGCCCCAGGCAGCCCUGACUGAUGACUACCAGUCAAAACAGUGACAAGCAGUAUUCAGGGUAGGAACUAGCACCACACAGCUCCAGAAUGGGCUCCAUACAUCAGAUCUGGCAGAACAGAUCAUUCACAGGGUAAUCAAUCAUCCUUUCUCUUAAGAUAAGUGGAUUCAGUCCCCCACAGUAAACAUGCAUAAGUACAGCAGUAAUAGCCCAUCCACAGACAGAACAGACACCUUUGCCCAUGAUUCAAGUACAGUAGUGAUACCUCCUGUUAGAUAUGGGAGAAUCCUUGUGGAGGGUGCAGAUUAUGUGGCUUGGGGGAAAACUAACUGAAAAGUUUAAAAGCAAAUGUAGUAUGUAUGAGAGGUUAAUGGAAAAAUGAUUACUGAUGUGUUACUGCAGAAAAGUCAUGUGACUGAAAAGGAAAGACAGGAAUUAGGUGAGAAUCAUGUACACAUGUGGCUGCUGAAGCUGCUUCCUAGUACGAUUCCAUAUGGGCAGAAAGGAGAAGAGGGGCAUGGAGCUGGGAAGCAAGUCUUCAAGAGAAACUUGUGAAUGUUGGUGGAAGAGAGGAAAGGUGGUGGAUGGAAUGGGGCCCGGGAGACGAGAAAGGUCAGGGACAAAAGCAGCAUUAGUGUUGGUCCUGCACACUGGUGGGGAGUAGGAACAAACAAAAGUGGACAGGCUAUGUAGGAGUGAACUUGUUUGCAUUUUUACUGAACACCACUGACAAGGGAGGAUUCAACUUGUGUUGACCCACUGUCCACAUGGGUCUACAGAGUACCCAAAGUGUGACAAAUCUAAACUUUGGUGUACUGAAUGUAUGAAAUAACAGAUUUCCAGGACUUUAGAGGGAAUUCUAAUAUCUCAGUUUUAUAUUGAAUACAUGUUGAAAUGUCAAAAUUAUUAAAAAUAGAUUUCAAAUUUU